GAGCAAGGCCAGGGAUUGAACCCGCAACCUCAUGGCUCCUAGUCAGAUUUGUUAACCACUGCGCCACGACGGAAACUCCAGAACAUAUUUCAAAAGUACCAGUUAACUGGAUUCAACAAAUAUUAAGCUAAGUGUUUGAAUGACUAAAUCGGUCCAUGAAACUAAUUCAUCUUUAAUCCUCAGACAUAGACCUAGUUAUUGUCUAAUUCAAAUGACACUUUCAUUGCUCUCACCCUCCCCUUUUUUUUAAUACUCUUGCUUAUAGAGAAUGGCUAUCUGGCUUCUCUUUGUCCUCUAGCUUCAUCUUCUUGGUAUUGCCCAAUAGAUUCUAGUUUUCAUCCCUUUUACUCUUUUUUCAUUUUUUGGCCUUGCCUGUAGCAUGCAGAAGUUCCUGGUCCAGGGUUCAAACCUGAGCCACAGCUGUAACCAGAGCCACAGCAGUGACAACACCAGAUCCUUAACCCACUGAGCCACACGGGAACUCCCUUCAUUAUUUAAACAAAACCAAAACAAAACAUGGUUUCCACUGACUUAGGAGAUAUUUAUCAAACUGGUGAAAAUAACACAUUCACUUCCCCACGUGGGAUUUGGUAGGAAUGAAAUUCAUCUUAUACUAUAAUUUGUGGAUUGUUAUGUAAAAUAGAAUGGUACCCAUCUGUCAUCACCUUUGCUGUCAAUCAUCCUUGCUCUUCCUGUGUUCACUUCCUGAAGAGGGAGGAGCACGAAUGCAUAUGAGGAACAUCAUUGUUGUCCAUGUGCUUCUCUGUGUGUGUGUGUGUGUGUGUGUGUGUGUGUGUGUGUGUGUGAAGGAGCAGUUUGGAGAAGAAUAUCUCCAUGACAAUGCUAAGAAAGCCAGACACCCAUAGUGGGAUAAACAGAGGUCUCCAGGCUGAGCGCCAGGCUGCAUCCUGGGAGCAGGCCAAGGCUACGGCUGGAUGAUGGGAAAGGAGAAUGGGCCCAUGGCAUGGGGGAAUGAGUGUGCUAGAGCCCCUCUCUGGGCACAAGCAGGGUGGAGACAGCCCUGGCAUGUGUGAGGCCAAGCAAGCUGGGGUUAAACCAUUUGUUUUCCCCAUUUUAAAUUCCUCUCCGUUUUCUUUAUACCCUCUCUGAAACUCAAACCAUCAGGGGGAGAAGGACAUGGUAGCCAGUAUUUAUGACCUUUGGGUGCCCUUCCCUCUUAUCCUGUCUGUGAUCUGAAGACUAUUUACAAAGCUGGACUAUGAUAGGAAAGCCUCCUGGUUACACAAUUAAGAGGCAGUUCCUUCAGAGCUCAGAAUUGUCUUAAACAUGAACAUAGCAAGUUCUGACAUCCCCCAGGCAAAUUACUGCCUCAUAGUGAGUAUUUUUAUAUACUGAAUAUGUAACCAUUUCCUUGAGUUAAAACACCAUAUGAUGGUCUUAUUAUUUGUAGUAAUUUUAAUAGCAAAGAAAGUUAUGGGCAGUAACCAUGUUUUCUGUUAGGCAAAGGCAAAACCAUGAGGUUUUUAGGAUUUGUGGUUGCCUUGCACUGCAAAGAGAUCGGAGAGGGGUGAGAAAGCCAAGAGGGAGGCUCUUCAUAUUUCCUACAAUUUUGGACAUAAGAAAGAAGCUAUUCACAUCUAAUCAGCAAAGAUAAGCUUAUACUUAACUUACUUCUGCAUCUCUACGUCAUUUGUUUAGCCCUAUAAAUUUGCUGAUGAGUGGUUUUAAUAAAGCUUCUCAGCAGGUCUUCCUAUCAGAGUAUGAAAGUAGUCCAGGUAUUGAAGGCAUGAAAUGGAAUGACUCCCAUCUCUCAGUGGUUCAGGUGGAUGCUAAGGUCAAGGCCGAGGUUAGGUGGCCCAGGAGUGUGUCUAUCCUGUAUGUGAAAGAGCUCAGCUAAAAUCCAGAAGUGCAUGGACUCCAGAAUUAGCUUCCUAUUAAGGACAUGCUUACUGGAAACUGAACCAGGAUAAAGCAAAGACCAAGGGACAGAAAGAAAGCUUGAAUUAUGUGUCUGCAAUAUUCUGCAAAAUCAGACUUCAGCUUUGGUUCAGUUUCUCUUUGGAGCUGAAAAUGCCUCAAGUUUCUUCCUGAGAGGCAUGAGCAAUUGCAUGAAUAGUAUAUUCUCUGGCAAUUUCCAACCUGAUUCCAUUCAAGGUAUACAUGACAAGCCUGUAUGAUAAGGUUGUGUGUGUUUGGGUAUUUCAUGCAUGUAACAUUGUCACUUGGCUUUCAAAACCAAAAAUUCCCUGCAUAUCCACGGGAGAGGAUCAUUCAGCAUGUGGCAGGUCAAAUAAAAUCUCCCCCUUAUUCUCCAUCCCUGCCUCAUUCUUUCUUCCACACUUUAGUUCACUAAGUUGUAAGUGUCUGAAAUCAUUCUUGGUGAAUAAUGCUGGACCACUCUUGAAAAUGUGUGGCUGAGAGCUGGACCCUCGUCAUCACCACAAGCUUUGUCACUGAGACAGGGUAACCCAUGGUUACUGAGCUCAGAUGAGUUAAGGGGCAGAGAGCCUCCCCUCCUCACCGCUCUAUAAAAGAGACCCAGCAAAGGGACCCUACCAGCUUCUAGCUCUCAGCCUGGGCGAGCGUGUGGGAAGCAAAGCCUGAGACCUCCGGAGCAGAAAGGACCAGCUGCAGAGGCAAGGCCGGCAUGGCCCCCACUUUCAAACUUCAGUGUCACUUCAUUCUCAUCUGCCUGAUGGCUCUAAGAGGGGAGAGCCGGUAUCUGGAGCUUCGGGAAGCGGUGGACCACGACCCUUUCCUGCUCUUCAGCGCCAAUCUGAAGCGGGAGCUGGCGGGGGAGCAGCUGUACCGCCGCGCUCUGCGGUGCCUGGACAUGCUGAGCCUCCAGGGCCAGUUCACCUUUACUGCCGAUCGGCCGCAGCUGCACUGCGCAGCCUUCUUCAUAGCAGAGCCCGAGGAGUUCAUCACCAUCCAUUACGACCGAGUCUCCAUCGACUGUCAGAGCGGGGACUUCCUGAAGGUAUUUGAUGGUUGGAUUCUCAAGGGAGAGAAGUUCCCCAGCUCCCAGGAUCAUCCUCUCCCCACGAGUGAGCGGUACAUAGAUUUCUGUGAGAGUGGUCUCAGCAGAAGGAGCAUCAGAUCCUCCCAGAAUGUGGCCAUGAUCUUCUUCCGGGUCCAUGAACCAGGAAAUGGAUUCACAUUAACCAUACAGACAGAUCCGAACCUUUUCCCCUGCAAUGUCAUCUCCCAGACCCCAAAUGGAAGGUUUACUCUGGUCGUUCCCCAUCAGCAUCGCAACUGCAGCUUCUCCAUAAUUUACCCUGUGGUCAUCAAAAUAUCUGAUCUCACCCUGGGGCACUUGAAUGGCCUGCAGCUAAAGAAGUCGUCAGCAAGUUGUGGAGGAAUAGGAGACUUCGUGGAGCUGCUGGGAGGAACUGGAUUGGACCCUUCCAAGAUGAUGCCCUUAGCUGACCUCUGCUAUCCCUUUCACGGCCCAGGAGGACAAGUUCUACCCAAAAAACUUCAAUUUUACGUUUUGAGCCAGAUGAGAAUUUUUACGUUUCAGCCUAAGUAUGGUAUCAAGGGUCCAUGACUGCAGUAUCUGACAUUGGGAGAGACACCUAUAAAGUAACAAGGUUGCAUGUUCCAGGUUGGCCCUAGGUAAACUAUGAAAAAGACAAAGCUUGUUGGCUCUGUGCUCUUUCCAUCUUCACGAAGAUCCCCCUUUUCACUUUCUAGAGUCUAAAGGAUCUAUUUACUAACGUAAGACAAUAGUUCAAUAAUAGAUGUAUCAUCACUUAGUAAUAAUAUAAUGAAAUAGCUAAUUUUACCAUACGUAUGUGUUACUCAUACGAAAUACAUUGAGUGAUAUGCUUUAUUAGAAAUUCUCAGAACUUCUGGAUGACUCCAACUUCUAGGAGCAAAACCAAUCUCUCAGAGUUCCUGUCAUGAUGCAGUAGUCAACGAAUCCGACUAGGAACCAUGAGAUUGUGGGUUCGAUUCCUGACCUUGCUCAGUGGGUUAGG